AUGGGGGCCCACAGGGCCCGGAAGGGUAUAAAAGGCCAGGUGGAAGGUGCCCUGGAACAAGACUCCCGAGUGCCAGGAUUGGGUGACAGGACUUUUCUGGCCAGGAGCCUUGGGACUCACCAGCCAGAAAUCAUGCUGCUGUGGCUGACCCUCACCAUCCUUUGGAGCACCAUCUGCUGGGCAGAGCAGAUGUAUGGGAAUGGAGGAGGCUGGUAUUUCAGUACCUCUACAGACAAUGAAAAUGAUAUAACUGGAAUUCGAGUGUCUACAGGUCUUAUAGGCAUAAUUAAGAGUAUCCAGGUGAGAUAUGGAUCCUCCUGGAGCGAAAGAUAUGGCGUCUCAGGUGGGCAUGCCCAGGAAUUCGUCCUGUGGCCAGGUGAACACAUUAUAGGGGUGUAUGGCUCACAUAAGAUUUACCUCCGGUAUCUGAUCAUGUACACCGAUUUCGGGCGCUGGGCCACAUUUGGGAAGGAAGAAGGCCGCAGCUUCGUCGUCUACCCCAACGAGCCUGGAAACGUGCUCAGAGGACUCUUCGGCCAGUAUCAGUCCCUUGGCAUCACGAGCAUCGGUUUUAAUUGGGAUCAGCCUCUAGUAGAGUUGGUCACUGAACAACCAAGUAACAAAACAACUUGAGUGCUCCUGGACUCUCAGGGGUGGGGGCGUGGAUCACCCUGGUGAUGUCGUCAGACUGGUGGUGGCACUGAGAUAGCCAAGCUGGGCGCUGCACCAGAAUCCAGUAAAUAAAGCUUCUGUAGGAACAGUG